UUGUUCUCUCCAUCUGGACUCGAGGCUUCCGUCACAACCAUGCUCCGCCAAAUCAUCAGUCAGGCCAAGAAGCAUCCUAGCUUGAUCCCCCUCUUCAUAUUUAUUGAAGCGGGAGGUACUGGAGCUACACUGUAUGUCUUGCGCCUGGCAUUGUUCAAUCCAGAUGUCAGUUGGGACAGAAAGAGUAACCCAGAACCCUGGAACAAACUGGGUCCCAAUGAUCAGUACAAGUUCUACUCAGUAAAUGUAGAUUACAGCAAAUUGAAGAAAGAAGGUUCAGACUUCUAAAUGAAAUGUUUCACUAUAAAGCUGCUUAGAAUGAAGGUCUUCCAGAAGCCAUCCGCACAAUUUCCCACUUAACCAGGAAACAUUUCCCCUCUAAA